AUGGGAGGUCUGUUAGUGUAGCAGCGGUUAAAGUGUUUGUGGUUCUGUUGUUCAUUCUGUGAGCUGGUUGUAUAAAGUUGUGAAGAGUCGACGUGUGCUGCUACUUUAUAACAACUCCUGUCUGGAUACAGCUCGCGCACAUCGAAUCACUGGGAAAUAUCUCCGAGGUCACAGCUCUGUAAUUAACCCCGCCGCCUGCUUCAAAACAUACAUAUCAUCUCUGCUGACAGCCCGUCGCCAUGGACGAGGAUAGCAACUUAUCGCCCGAGUUGAAGGAUAUAGAGACAAAGUUGGGUCGAAAAGUGCCAGAUAGUCUCAUCCGCUCCCUUGUUGGAGGAAAACAUCCCGACAGGCACGAAAAAGCGGCGGCGGCAGCGCCUCAUGUAGUGAAUGGCAAACUUCGUGCCAGUUCUGCUGACUUGAAAAGACUGGAAGGCAAAAUGCUAUUCCUGAAACAAGAAAUGGCACACCUGCGAGCCAUUGAUGUGAAGCUGAUGCAGCAGCUCAUGUCAAUCAACGAGGGCAUCGAGUCCAUCCGUUGGAUGAUAGAGGACAAAGGAGGCGUGGCCAGCCAGGAGGGCAGCCUGUCAGGCAGCUUGUACAGCCUGUCAGACAGUCAGGAUGGUAGUUCCCUGCGAGGCAGCUUCAACAGCUUGAAUGAUGGCAACAGUGAUGGACUAGACGGUCUGUCUGUUGGUAGUUACCUGGACACUCUUGCAGAAGAUCUCCCAGACAACCCUUCACCUACGGACCUUGACUGUUUUGUGGAUGAAACAGUGAUUGAAAGCGAUGGUUUCAGCAAAUCGCCACUAAAACUCAGGGUGGAAUCAGACGAAUACUACUGCUUUGGAUAAUGAUGAUAAGCUUAAGACAGUGGUUACAGAGACUACUGAGAUAUUUUGUGAAGAAAGAUUUUUUUUGAAAGUGCUCUUCACUUUUACAAAUUAACACAGCUGUCAGAUUAUUUUAUUUUUUUCUUAUUUUAAAACGACAGCCAAGUGGCUGGCAUGAAAUACCAAAUGAUUCACGUGACUUCUUACUUUGAAACCAGUUCCUUAUACUGCAUAUUGAACACACCUUAACAAAUCGUUGUCGCAACAAAUACAAGUGAAAACAUGUCAACAAUUUUUAAUGUCUUACUGAUAUCAUGCAGGUUAUUUAAACUGUAAUAGGUGCUUUAUUACGCAUACAGAUUGUAUUUAUUGUUGAGUUGUUGGUAACUGGAAUGUUCUUACUCUGAUCCAAUACAUCACCAUUUUCAUUUGCAGUUAAAGUACUUCUUAGCCUAAAUUUACUGAAGAAAGGGUAAAGAAAUGUAGCAACUAAAGGUGGACUGCAGGUUUUUCUUUUCAGCUUCCACUUUGGGUAAGGGUCAAAUCAGCCACAAUCAUCUGAUCUAAGUAAAGGAGUAGAUUAGGAUUUAGCGGCCAUUUGGAAAAUUGGACAUUUCAUGCUGAGUGAUUCAAGAGGCUAAACUGUUUAAAGUGGCAAAGUGGCUCAUUUAAGUGUUACAGCAAGUGCAAUUUGCUUACAUGCCAAAGUCUGAGCUCCACCUACCAUUAAUGUUUGUUUUUAAUUAUUUCUUUCCUGAAAUGUUUUGACUGAAGUUCCUAAGCUUAACCCGACUCAGCAAUAGUAGAAUUUACCACACGUAGUCUUACACCCAAGAGAUUAGUUACACAUCUAAAGCACAGAUGCUUGACUGAAAACCAAAGCAAUUUGAUUGUCUUAUAGAUAAUUUAGGCCUGGGGCAAAGACCCGUUAACAGCAGAUGGGAGAUUUGUUGAUGGUGGACAUAUGUGAAACACAUGUUUUUGCUUUGUGGGCACAUUUUAAUUCUCUUUUCAAAAAGGUUUAAUUAGAGCUACAUGAUGCUGUGUGUUUAGCUUUAAGCUCCAUGUUGGUUUGUAUGGCGUUUGUAUUUUAUGCUGCCUGCUUUUUGAAGAAAAAAAUAAGUUUUUAUUGGUUGCUAAUGAUUUUGUUGUGGAAAUGAAUUAAUAUAUUGUGA